AUGGGGGAGUUAGCUUGUGAUCUCAUUUACAUUAGAUCAACGGACACACACACAAAAAUCACUAGCAGCCCGGACAGAUUCUACCUGUAUUUUGAGGUCAUGGGGAAGCAAAAGCUCACUCUGAAGACCGAGGAGGACUCCAAUCCUCGUGAUAAGUACAUAACCUGGACUGACGAGGCGACAAGGUUUAUGCUUGAAUGGUAUAUCGACCUUCAUAAGGACAAACCUGCAACUUUCAAGUUCAAGAAACAACACCAUUUGCAAUGUGCUGAUGCUCUAAAUGGCAAGUUUUCGCUUGGUGUCACUCAAACCCAAGUGGAUCGACACUAUCGUCAAUGCAAAGAGAAGUGGGGCUGGGUGCAUCGUGCCAUGGCCAAUAGUGGAAAUGGCCUUGACAGAACCACUUUCACAUUCACACUUUCUGAGUCAGAAAAGCAAAGAAUCAAUUCUCAUGUUGAUGGCUCACUCGCAGUUGACCAAACCACUGUCAAUGUGGAUGAUGGUAGUGAUGACAGCGAGGAUGUGAGGGAACUUGAGGGAAAUCUAAUUCCAGCAGACAGUGAUGAAGCUAACUCUGACACUAUUGAUCGCCGUAGUCCUAAAGUCGACUUGGAUGGCAAUCCAUUAAACAAGAAGCGCAAGUGUGCAUCAUCAUCACCUUCCAAGAAGCCAACCAAGGGCAAAGCAAACAAGAAGGGCAAGGUAUCUAAUGAUGAUAUGGUAACCAGUAUCAAGAAGCUAGCUGAAUCCCUUGCAUCCCCUAUUGUGUCUGUGCAACCAAUGCCACCUGCAGAUCCUUAUGCAAAUCUUUGGAAGCGGAUCAAUGCCCUUACCAUCCCAGCUAAGGAUAAACUUGAGAUUGUUGCCUAUCUAUCCAAGCCAUACCAAGAUAUCUUUCGUAGCUAUCUUAACUAUGCCGAUGAAACAAUUCUUCGAGAGUGGGUCAUUAGCUACUUUGAGCCUCAGUUUCAUGAAGGUGGCAAUGAUGGAUCUGCGGCUGCUCACUGA